AUGACUUCAACUUCAUGUCUUGAUACUCAUAAUACUCAGUCAUCGGAUGUAAAUAUAAGUGUUUCUACUGAUGACCGCCAAAAGGAUAAGACUGAUGAAAAUAAGGUAGAGGAAGCACCGGUGAAUGAACAAAGUGUGGAAACUCAACCACCACCGGUCAAGGACACCACUGAGGAAGAGAAGAUAGAAGAAGAUAAGAUCGUGAAGGAGAAAAUAGAGAAAGAAAAGGCAGAGAAAAAGGAGUCAAAGGAGAAGAAAAUAAUUGAUGAUGACGAUGAUGACAAAUCAGUGAGUAUUAAAGGUCUUAUUGACAUGGAUAAAUUGAGUUUCUCACAAUUAAUGGAGAUUGCAACAACAAUGCAAUCUAGAGCUCAAAAGAAGAGAAUGAAGGAAUAA